AUGACAUGCAAUACGAUAUUAUUUGUCUCUGUGUUAACUUUUUAUUUUAUUUCUGUAAAUUUCUAUUGUUCAAUAAGACAAUCAACCAAUUUCAACAACCAAACAUUAUUACCUUUUAUCCAUCCGACCAAAAUGUAUUAUUAUUAUUUGAUUGAAUGGUAUUAUUUGAUAUCCUUCAACCAAACUCAAAUUUUAAAAAACACCACUACACUUGUUAAUAAAGAAUUUGCAAAAGGUAUUAUUUUACAGAAUAAUAAUAUUCAUUGUGAUUCUUUAGACUUUACUAUUAAUAAAACACCCAAAAUUAAAAUAUCCAAUACUUCAUUAUAUUCAAUUUCCCCUGUUUGUAACAAUCAAAUUGAUGCAGUGUGGCUUUGGGUGAAUGGGAGUGAACCAAAAUGGCGUGAUAAGUUCAAAAGGUACAAAUUUCGUUAUGAACCAAAUCGAUUUAGAGAUUUCAACUCAAUUAAAUAUUCAAUGAGAAGUGUAUUUACGUAUCUUCCUUAUAUCAAAAACUACUUUAUAAUAACAGACAACCAAAUACCAGAUUUCAUAGAUGCACCAAUUGGACAAAAUUCAUUUCAAAUAAUCAGGCACAAAGAAAAUCACAAUAAUAAGUUCUAUACACAGAUGGAUGUUUUGGAGGAAAAGUUGUUUAAAAAGAACAACGAAAAGAAUCACAACUUUAAUUCAAAAUAUGAGACAUACACAUUAGAAAUUGUAUCACACAAUCAACUCUUUGAUGCAAAGGAACUCCCCAAUUUUAACAGUGACGCAAUAGAAACUGUCAUAUACAGAAUACCGAGACUUUCUGAAUGCUUUGUAUAUCUAAACGACGACUUCAUUUUCACCAACUACACACCACCAGAAUAUUUCAUCAAAGAAAAUAGACUUCAAAUAUAUACUGAAAACAACUUAGCUCCAGAUGAGAAAUGGAUAAGUGAGAAUAAGUGGCACAAAUCAAUAGCAUCUGCCAACCAAAAACUAAAUUUCUAUUUUAACUUGUCUGAAAACACCAAGAGACCUUAUAUCAGUCACUCGGCAUACUUCUUCAGAAAAAGUCUCUUAGUAAAACUCGAAGAGAGUUUUAAAGAAACUUUUAACCAUCAGAGAUCCAAUAGAAUCAGAUCUUGCGAUGCAGUGAAUUAUCCCUUUUUCGCCGAACAUUAUUCAUACUUGUUAGGUGUAGCAAAUUACGUUCAUGUGGAUGGGUGGACUUUCUUUUGGAAUCUUCGAGAAGAUCACACUAAAAAUGUUGAAAUGAAAAAUAGAAUAUUAAAAAUGAAGCCAUAUUGUAUAUGUGUCAAUGACGACUUCGAAGGAUCAAUUGGUGUGUCCAGAGAAAUCAACUAUUUACUUGAUUGGUAUCGCCUUCUAUUUCCUGAUCCAAUGAUAUUUGAAAGAGGGGUAUAA